UACACGCGUUAUAUCAAUUAUUUCGAUGGUCAGUUAUAGCGAGUGCCUGCUGUGAAAGUAAACAUGAAUGUCCAAGCGUGAUUAUUAUGCCAGUUACUAAUUGCAAAAAACCACCAAAGCUUCAUUUACCGUCUCUGAGAAGCACCGAGGAUGUCGAAUUUUUAUAAAUUCGGUUUCCUGUACCUUGCCUUCGCUUUGAUAUUCAUUGGAUACCACACGAGCUUCGUAUGCGGACAAAACGGAACCUGCUCUGAGUAUGAAUCUGGAGAUAAUUUAUGGACACCAAACUGUACCGACGAUAAUUAUUGGCAACCCGUGCAAUGCAAGGGGGAAACACUUAACGGCAGAUGUUUUUGCUACAAUGCAACGGGCACGAGGUUGUUCGGUUGGGCAUGGUGGGCAUCUGCUGAAAACAUGACUUGCGCUUGUAGCCGACGCAGGGAGGCCCUCGAAAUUGCCGGUAGAGAAGACGUCUCUUUGCACUGUUCAAGCGAAGGUAACUACGAGGAACUGCAAUGUGAUAACGGGUUGUGCUGGUGCGUUGAAGCCACGACUGGCAAACCGACGGAAAGGGCCUAUCCAGAGUCGAUGAUGACAUAUCUUCCAUGCUACAAUACGACCCUGGUUGGGUCUCAAUAUCUUCGCAAGUGCGAGAGUGUGAUGGUUGCACGUGCUAGAGUUCUCGAGAAAUUAGAAACACACGGUCGUUACUACACGCACAUUGACGCCGUCAAUUGUGAAGGAGACGGCAGCUACGGAAAUUACAAAAUUUCAAGCUCACAAAUUCUUUGCACGUGGAAAAACAACACGCAGAUAGAAUCGUAUCAGACGGAACUCAGCAACAUUCUAACAGUUGAUUGCAACUGUGCGAGGGAUUAUGUGAUAUAUGACGAAGCGGGGCUGACUUUCAGUCUUACGUGCGACACCGACGGAAGUUAUUCGUCGGAGCAAUACAGCAAUGGGUAUCCGUUCUGCGUCGACAGCGAUGGAUUCGCAACUACGUAUCUUGGAGAGCUUGGCGAAGAUCUCAGCUGCACUUGACCCAUGAACAAAUUCAUGCAGCUGCAGAGAUACGCAAUGUACUACAACGCUCAUUACGUCCUAUUAUUAAAAUUUCAAUUGGGAACAUUUUUUACUUCUCAAUACAACUUGAGUUAUCGAUUUUACAAGUAUGAAAUUGUUCUAAAAUUAAAAUUAAGAACAUUAAAAAUUUAGUUACGUGUGCAGAUAGAAUUGCGAGUUCCGCCUACUUCAUAUGGAAUCUAGUAUGACGCGACUAAAUUCCUGGUUGCAUACAACCAGACACCUUGCCAUUCAAAAUGAGCGUAACCGCUCGAGUUUGUUUUAUCCGAAAAAGCAGACACGGUACUGUCAAUCGAUCACUUGAGCUAUGUCGAAUGCACUUAAAUAAUGAUCUAGUAUUCUACCGAAGUUUUAUUCUCAAAAAUAUACUCGAUCAUACAUAAAAAAUGAAGUUACAAAAGCAUGCAACCAUUCGUAGAAUCGUAUAAGAAAAAGACAUGGACCUUUUACAGCACGUGGCAUUAAACUGAAUUAAUGAAAAAUGGCGAUGACUUGAAAGAGUCUGGAAACAAGUGUAUGCAAGGCGUAUGAAGCUUAUAUAAUCAUUUUGACUUAUCGCAGGAUAUUUCUUUCGGUAUUUAAACGAGAUAUCAGACAAUAAUCAUACCGGCGGGGGAUAAUUAUUUGAAAAAUGUCGAUUACGUAAAAUAAAUUUAGGAUUAGACGAACAAUGAGAUUACCCGUAGCUCAGUACUGUUACCACGCGUAGCAGAUGACUUAAAAUCUAUAACACACUGUUAAAAGGAUUAAGAAAAAAAAAAAAAGAAAGUAAAUUAGAAAUAUUUCUCGAGGUUUGACGCGAAUUUGCUGGGCGGAUCCUUUGGACCAUGUCGU